AUUUUAUAGUCAAUAAAUUGAGUAGGAAAAUGCCGUCUUCCCAAAUCUCUCAGCCCCCAAAGUCUGUGAUCAUCUGAGGAUGGCAGUGACCGCGCGAGUGUCACCAUUCAUCAGCCUCGCGUUCGCCAAUCCCAUCCGUUUCUCCCUCUCACCCUCUGCAAAUCUUGCAUCCCCUCAUCAAUCCCUUGAUCAACAUCGUAACUCGACUAGCUUCGAAAGCCCUAGAAUCAGCAUUCGUCGUGGAAUCGGAAAGCUGAACGCUUCAAUUCGAGGAGAACCGAAGGAGAUUGACGAAGCUUUCUUCGACGGCGAUGAUGUGAUCGAGGACGAGAGUGACGGCGAGGAGACGGAAAGCAGUGUGGACUUGCUGUUCAGAUUUUUUCAGAGUUUGUUCAAGAAAGUCUCGAAGCGCGCCAAGAAGGCUUCGCGCUCUGUAUUGCCCGCGGCCAUAUCGCCUCAGCUGGUGUCCUUUGCAGUUGACGGGGUUCUUCUUCUUGCUUCACUGUCUAUUGUUAAAGCACUUCUUGAGUCAAAGCAAACAUGUGGUUGUGGGUCUAUAUUCUGGUUACACAUCUUUCACAAAUCUCAAUACAUCACCUUCAACAUUCUGGAUUAGUUGACAGUUGGACAGGGAAUAAUAGUUUUAUUUUAUUUUAUUUUAUUUAUUUUUUAUAGUAAAUUUAGUGAUUAUUAUGGUGACAAAUGUCAUUUUACAGGUGGUAUGUACCCUUGGAGGAGCUGUGUUUGUGGUAAUACUUAUCUUACGUGUGAUCUGGGCAACUGUAUCCUAUUUCCAGUCAAGUGGGAAUAGUUUUUACCAGGGUGGAACAUCAUUUGGUACAACACAACCAAUAACAUGAUCUUCUUAUUCGCUGGUGGCUCUCUCUCCCUGUCAUUUCUUUUAUUGCACAGCACCGAGCGAUUAACUUCUGAAUUGCUUAAUGUUAGUAUUCGUACAUUCUUUUACAUACCACAUGCCGUCUGAUUGUUCCUCAAAGUGCACCCUGCUUAAUGAUGUUUUUGUUAAUUAUUUAGCGGUUCAUUUUCUCAUUCUCCCAUCUUCAGACGGUCAUGUGGUGGUGGUUGCUUCACAGGUCAUUGAUUAUUGAAGUUUGUAGUGUAGUCUGGCACAAUUAAUUGUGCGUUGUACCAUAAUGGUUGGCACUAGAUGCAUGUGUCUCUUGAUUCCAGUUAACUAAUAAUAUGCAUUCUCACGUUGAUCAACAGGAUAAGUAUUAUGUGAUCAACAGGAGGAGAGAUGCAUUUGAUGAAUUGCUUACUGUGUGCAUCUUCUACACCACAAAAAUCGAAGUCUUUUGCAAUCAAAUAAUGGAUUAAGAAAAGUGAGUUACCAUGGUGCACCUGAUUUUAUGGACAAAGUCGUCAUUUUCUAGUCUAUAGAGGGGCGGAGUUGUACUUUUCGUAGAGGUUAUUCUCAUGGGCUAGUUGUGAGUCCGGUUGUCCCGUUAUAUGCUAGGAUGUUAGAAGUCCACUAGUUUUGAAGCAAGUUGAAUCCUAGUAAGGUUGGAAAUAUUAUAAGUUUUGGUGGAUGAAUGGGUAAAAAUUUUUAACUCU